AUGACGAUAUUGUCAUUUGACAUGCUUCUCCUCUUACUGGGAGCCACCCUUAUCGUUUCGGGCUUCACCUACGAAUGUGAUGUUACCAGCUUUCCAGAAUCACAACGGGAACUUGGACAACAUGUAUGCAGGCUUGAGAACGAAGUUGGUGUGUUGGAGGCUGCAGUUCAGGAAAUGCUUCAAAGAGCUGGUAUGAUAUUUGAAAUUUAUAAUCGUAGUGGUACGGCUCGUUAUUGUUUAAGCAAUUUGGAAAUUCUUGCAGACAUCACGUUAAGCAAUGGUGAUGAGCCGAGCAUCGAGAAGAGGAAGAACGAGUUUAUCAGAUUUGGAAAGCGUAGUUUGAAUGAUGUUAAGAGGAAAAAUGAGUUUAUCCGAUUCGGCAAGAGAAAGAACGAGUUUAUUCGAUUUGGCCGAUCUGACCCUCUGCUUUACGACGGUGCACCAGUUGAGAAACGCAAAAACGAGUUCAUCCGCUUUGGCUAA